GAUAGCACUUGGAGAAGACAGAAGACGAAGGGAAUCCAAAUUCCAGGCAGUUCUGACAAUAACCAAUAAUCCUACCUCGUUCAUAUCGUUUGCAUCUAUCUACGAUUGCUCGGAUUAAGUGAAGGCGCUUCCAUCGAAUUUUAUUAAAGUGUUGAUUGAGUGAACCAUGGCAAGAAUCGAUGUCGACAACCACUUCACGGACGCCGAGGGUAACAAUUAUAACAUUCACAUGACAGACCACACCCAAGGUCCCUUCCAAGAAGUUUUAGAUGGUAUUUGCAAUUUCAUAAUCAAUACAGCCAUUGGUGGACCUGGAAUCAUAUGGACGGGUUGGGUGGAAAUGAUUCCGGGCAACUUCGUAUACUGGGUUGAUCCUGGAAGUCCCCUGUGUGUUUUCUUAGACGCGGAGGCAUUGGUUCAACAUCCUGACAACUUCCUCUGCUUCAGAAGGAACGGCAACGGGAUUACAAUUACCCACUUUGGCCCCUUCGGUUGGAAUAAGGGUUGGGAUUUGAAGAAAGUCAAGGCCGCUAGGAAACACGCUAAAGAUUUGGCUAAAGAGGCCGAAAAGGAGCAACAGCGCAUGGAGGAAGAGAGGGAAAUUUGGGACAAAGAGGAUCCCCCACUAAGCGAGAAGACACCCUCAAAGCGGCAGCAGCGGUUGCCAGGACUGAACCUUACCAAAAGCGAAGCUUUGGAGGAAAUGCAGGCCAAAGUUCUCAAAAAAGUCGGUGGGCUGGUGGCGAGGAAGACGUUGGUUCGUGCAGCCAUUGUGGCUGGGAAACAAGCAGUCAAAGCGAUUGCAAAAGCUAGCGCCAAGGCGGCGCCAAAGUCUGUUUUGAAAAAGGUGCCACUUAUUGGAUUAGUGGCGGGAGUGGGCUUUGGCGUGUCGCGUGCUGUCCAUGGUGAUUUCGCUGGAGCGGGUAUGGCAGUUGCCUCUGGAGCUGUUUCAUUAGUACCAGGUGUCGGAACUGUCGCAUCUCUCGCAAUUGACGGCGCGCUUUUAGUAAGAGACGUCGGCGACGACAUCAAGAAGGAAGCACAAGAGGAGGAAGCGAAACAAAAAGCACUCUACGACAAGGAGUUGCAAGAAUGGACGGCCGACAAAGAUAAAAUGAUCAGACUUAUCGAGCAUAGGAUUGAAGAGUUGAGGAACGCCCAGGAUGGGUGCAACCACUGUGUCGAAGGCUGCGACCAUCUCAUCGAAUUAUAUAAAAAGGCUGGAGCCGGUGACGAAGCAAAAGAAUAAAACGUAACUUUGAAUAUAAAAAUGGUUAAAUAGAUUAAUGACUUCUAGGGAGAUUUCUAUGGAAAAUAUUUUUUUGCCCUAUUAUUUACUUUAAUUUUAAGUUAAUCAUCUACGCUUGUUCUCUUUCUAGAUGCUAUAUUAAAACAAUACAAAUGAGCAAGUUUUAUCAGUAGAGGAGAUUGUUUAGCUCAAAAAGGUGAUGAUGAGACUUUUUUGUUAUCAAAUGUUACAUUUGCCAUGAAUGCUAUGAGGGGUUAUUUGUACAGAAUUGUAAAUAUUCCUUUUAACAGUACUCUUUUGAAUAUCAUGUUUGGAAAAUGGGUUUUUUAAACAAAAUUGCUCUCUUUAUUAAUUGUUUCAUUUUAUAACAUCUCUAAUUUGGUGUUCGCUGUUUUAUAACAGUGACAUUUCAAAAUUUAUACCGAAGAUUUGAUUCGAUCGAGUAUUGCCAUUAUGGAAAGUUCCGACUAUUAUGAAACGGCGCCCUGACUGGGCAUGUAAAUGGAUCAGAUGUGACUUUCUCAGUGUACAUGGUGUAUAUUUUAAUAUCAUUAUACAAUAAUCAUAGGUUACAAUUGUGGGUGUAAGCUUUACCAAUAGUAUCAUUUUCGUUAAGUAUGUUGUUAAGACAAGCUAUACUACAUUCACAAAAGAUACAUUUUGUGGGUGCUAUAAGUCUAGGAGUAUUCCGAGAAUAUAUUUAUAUUUUUUCUUGUUUGGCUGAAGGAGGGUAAGAGGGAUUUUUUUUAUAUAAAGAGUCAGAUUACCUAAAUAUUACAAGUUUACCCGAUAAUGGUUUUAAUUAAUGAAGCAUUGUUCAUUAUAAGACUAUAUUUGGCUGCUAUGUUUCAAACAUUUAUUUUGGCUGGUGUGUUCCAAGAAUUUAUUUGCCUAAAUAGUUUGCCUCUGCAUUAGUUUCCCUUCAUGUUUUUUUUUCUAUAUCGUAUUCAUAUCUUUCUCAUGUCAUCAUAAGAUUGUCACUUGGUUAUAUGUACUUUAUGUCAUAUUAUGAUAAUGUCUCACGCAUUGUAAAUUUGUUUUGUGUAGGUCGCAUGUCAUAAGGUGGUAAAAAUAGUUAAAUGGUUUUAAAAAAUAUUGUUUUAUAUGUUAUAGGUAUUACCAUUCUGUAAUUAAUAAAAAAAAGUUUGAAGUCUCAAAUACUUUUAUUUUCUUUAAAAUGACUAAUUAACAGCUAAUUAUUACAUAGACAUCAAUGUAAAUAUGAAUUUUGAAGUGUGCUUUUCUCAAAGUAGACCUGCAGCAUAUAAAAUGGUGUCAAAAGUUAAUGCAACAUUGGAUCACCCUAGUAUUUUGCACUUUUAAUCUUGUAACAUCAAUAUAAUCUUGUAACAUCAAUAAUUAAUUCUGGAACAAAAAUUGAAUAAUUAUCUGUUAUUGUAUGCAUAUUAAUUACACUAAUUAAUUAACAAUAUCUAAUUUCAUAUUUUUGCCCCCAAAAUGCCUGUCGCUUUUUAUGACUACAUCAUGGGUAGAAAUUUUUGUUGCAAUGAUACACAAAUUUUAUACUAAAAAUUAAGUUUACAAAUAAGAUGAUUAACCAAAUUUCUCCAGUUUACUAAUUGAUUAGGUUGCAGAUCAGAGCUGACAUACGCAUGUAUUUCAUUCCUGCAUAUUUUCAAAAUUGUGAAAUUUGUAUAACUAUAUUAGUAGCUCCCUGCUUUUAAACUGCCUAGACAUAUUAGGCUGACAGUCAUGUUACAUAUUAUAUUAAGUUGUGUUUAAUUAACAUUCUAUCAUUCGCCGCAUCCACCGGCUCCGCCACCCCUGUUUCUUCAAACUUAAUGUGCUAUAAAUUUUGUUCCUGAUAUUUUAUUGAUUUGAUUUAUAGUAAUAUACUUAGCCUAUAGUUCUAGCUUCAAAGUGACAACUUACUCAAUAAAUUUGGUCAAGAUGUUGUGAUGUAGCAACAAUUUAUCCAUGUUGAAACCGUGUUGAAAAUUGUUCAUCCGCCACUCUUUUGCAUACCCAACUUACAUGACUUAUGGAAUGCGACCUGUAUUAUUCUAAUAAAUGCAGAAAAUUCUCC